GAUGUUCGACGGCAUCAUGACAUGGUAUUUUGAUGCUGUCGUACAAUCCUUUCCGAUCUUGCUUCAGAUCUCCCUUCUUCUCUUUGGGAUUGCCCUGAGCGCCAACAUGUGGUACGAGCAGCACACGAUCGCCUGGGUCAUAGUUGCAGCGACGGUCUUCGGAUUCUUGUUCUAUUCAUUGACCGUAAUGGCAUCACUUGUAUCUCCCUCCUGUCCAUUUCAGACGCCAGUUACAUCAAUGUUGCGCAUGUUGCGGAUCGACAGAGUUUUAAGCCCGAUGUUCAAAUCAGGUUUCAAAUAUUUCCAGCAGCUGACGACGCCAGUACAUGGUGGGCACUGGGUUAUGCUUUCUUGCACGUGCAUAAAUUUUGACCGUUUUAGGUGUGCUGAAACGGCUGUUUGAUGCCAUCGGAUCAAGUUGGACCCGAUUUUCUACAGCAGGUGACGUUCUGUAGGCGCUUUCGUAUGGCGCUUUCUCGGUGCGCUUCAUGCCUGGUGGCAAUCUUCGGCUUGGUACUCUUCGAAAAUGGUUGGGGACACGGAGGCACAAUCACUCGACCUGGA